AUGCCACCCCGACUUGAUAAAAGUAAGGGUGUAGCUGAUAGUGGUAAGAAUAAGCACCAACGCCCACGAGUAGUAGUAUGUCAGUUACCUCAGUUGGCCACGUGUCCUCCCCCGCAGAGUCAGACCGGAGGAUUUGGUUUUCCACCUCCCACACAGAUUAGUCCCUCAUAUUUCCAGCAUACUGGAGGAUCUAGUUUUCCACCUCCCACCCAGACUAGUCCCUCAUCUUUCCAGCAGACUGGUCGCACCCCACAUCCCCCACAUGUGCCCCCACAGGAUGAUGAUCAGGCGGAGGAUGAGACUGCGGAGGAUGAGACUGCGGAUGAUCAGUUGGAUGGGAGCGAUCUUCGAGGGGAUGAUGAUCCGAGUCAGAUUCAUAUCAUUGACGGGAGAUUUUUUAUUAGGCCCGAAGGAAGCUCAUUCACGCCGAGUCGGACUGCUGCCAAAGUUAUAAGUUAUAUAAUUCAGCAAAAUUAUAAAAAACUUAUAAAGACUUUUAAAGAUGUUAAGGGCGAUGAUAGAGAACAUUGGUUUACGCAUUUUCAGGAAAAAUGUGUGUGGGAACCAAUGAAAGAGAGACAGAUUAAAAAAAAUUAUUAUGGCAGAACUGCAAGACGACUUUCUGACAUGCUACGACGUGUUAGAAAGCGUUGGGAACUUCAUGGCAUCCGUCCCAGUUGGAUAGGAGAAGAAAUCUUUCGGGAACUUCUUUAA